CCCCAAAUCGAACCAUCGCACCCUAAAAAAGGCACCAAUCAAAACCCUCUCCUCCAAAACUCGACACACUCUCUCUCUCUCUCUCCGACCCUGCGAGACCCGAGCGACCCCCUCUCUCCGCGACCAUGCUGCGCCGCGCCACCGCUCUCUUGACCCGACCCGCAUCCUCGCUCCGGGCCGCCCGAGCCUUCUCCACCGAUGUCGCCGAAGCUCCCGUAGGCAACCCCGCUUUCAACGAGGCCUGGAAGAAGGUCAUCCCUCACAUCGAUCCCCCCAAGACUCCUCUGUCCUUCAUGAAGCCCCGCCCUCCGACCCCGUCCUCGAUCCCCACUAAGCUCACCGUCAACUUUGUGCUGCCGUACGCAUCUGAGCUCUCCGCCAAAGAGGUGGACAUGGUCAUAAUUCCGGCAAGCACUGGGCAGAUGGGUGUUCUUCCGGGACAUGUGGGAACAAUUGCAGAGUUGAAACCUGGCGUCCUAUCAGUACAUGAAGGAAAUGAUGUGACAAAGUACUUCGUCAGCAGUGGUUUUGCAUUCAUCCAUGCGAACUCUUACGCAGAUAUAAUUGCUGUUGAGGCUGUCCCUAUCGAUCGAGUUGAUCCAAGUCUUGUCCAGAAAGGGCUUGCGGAGUUCACUCAGAAGCUAAACUCAGCCUCAACUGACUUGGAGAAAGCUGAAGCCCAGAUUGGAGUUGACGUGCAUAGUGCCCUCAAUGCUGCUCUCACAGGCUAGUUUUACUGGUCUUUGUGCUCCCCUGUUAAAUUAGUCCAUUUCUACAUAAAGUUCUGCACUUUGACAAAUUUGAUCGGUCUCUUGGAGCCAAAUAUUUCUGGACGUGUACUUUUCUUGUAGUUCUGUGUUGAAUGUGGGAAUGACUGGAAAAAUAAUAUGUGAUGCAACAUCUGGCUUACAGAGUUGAGCAAAAACUUAAAGAAAUGAGGGAUUAGCAACAUUGUAUCAUCCAAAAGAAAAAAAAGGUUUUUAAUUAGGUCA